UGGGGAGAUCGACAUCCGUUGGGACAGGUGAAGCAUGGCUCGUCGGUGGUCAGCUUUUUCUACCCGCCACUUGAGGAGGAAAUCACCAUCUUCUGGUCAGUCUGCUGCCCUCUCGUCGUGUACGUACACGGAAAUGCACUUUGUGUGUCUGUGUGUGUGAACAGGAACGAGAUAUUCGUGGACGGAGAGCUGAAGGAUCCCGACGGCACAGAGGACUUUGGGUAUCUGCAGUACCAAGGGAAGCAGUUUGUCGCCGUGUCGUAAGCAAGCCAAGCCAGAACGCACACCUGCCUGCCUGCCUGCCUUAAUUGCGCCUUCCGUGUUCCUUGUCGGUCCGUGCAGCUUUCACUUCCACUCCCGGUCGGAACACACGUUCGACGGCAAACAGUUCCCCCUGGAGAUGCACAUAGUGCACGUGCGAACCGACAAUGAUCAAACCCUGCGUGAGUAGCCCACCGAAUGACUGCUUUGCUGCUUUACUGCCUUUGGUCUAUCCUUCUCUGUGUGUCUACUGACUGGCAGCUGAGUUUGCGGUUCUUGGUUUUCUGUUCGCGGAAGGCCCGACGAGAAAUCGAUUCCUCGCGUCUCUCGGUGAGCACUUUGGACUUUCGGAUGCAGAACGAUUUCCAUGUGAUGUGUGCACACGGAUGUUAUUGGAUGAAUAUGCAGAGAACCCAGAUGGCGAGCCCAGGCUCCCUUCAGCCGACGAGCCAGACGUCAUGUAUACAGUCGACUCUGACCUCUCCGAGGUACCAUGUACCAGAAGGCAAAGUUCUUCAGAUACACACACAAAGGGAGACGCGCAAGGAGCGCGAAUGAAGUGCUCUUCUUUCUCUCUGUCUCUCUGUCUCUCUCUCUUUCCUCUCACUCUCAAUAGCUCGGCCAAUUUGCCGCGGAUUCCAGGAUCUUCCAUUACCCGGGCAGCCUGACGACGCCCCCCUGCACGCAGGCAAGCCACUAACUAUCGCAGCGGAUUUCACCUCACUUGGUUGGUGCAGCCACCCUCUCUUUCUCUUUACCUGCUUGUCAGGCCGUGAAUUGGUUUGUGGUUCAGAAGCCCUUGCUGGCGAAGAAAGAGCAGCUCGACUUGUGGGUGAAGGCCAACCUCAACGGAAACAGCUUCAGAUUGACACAAAACCCCGAGUCGUUCGAAGGACAGGUGAGCGAUUCACGGCAGGCACUUUCUUUGAGGAAGGCUUCGCAUGUCGCGUUGUGCGGUAGUGUGGGUGUUGAUUCAUUCAGACGACGCAGAGGAACGAGCUGGUGGACAGGUUUGGAGUCCUGAAGAUCCAUGCCGACUUUGUGCCGUCACUGAUACCGGUUGACAGAGGAAGCAUCCCAGUCAGUCCCGUGUUCCCUGACGAGAUGCGAGACGCCGUCAUGAUGGCGUUGUACCGAGCUGAGAAAAGGAGACAGCAUGCAGAUGCCAUCUUGCAGACAGCAGAGAGAGAGCGACACGACCCACUGGAGAAGUUGAAGGACCUUUUCAUCAGCUCGAUUGGCGGAGGGAACCUGGCAGGACUGAACUGACAGAGGGAUGCGUGUUUGUUGGGUGCGUGGGUGCGUGGGUAGCCGGCCAAGGCUCAUCGGCUGGUGGUUCGUUCCAUUCAUGACUUGGCUAAGUGAGUGAGUGCCUUUUUGUGUGUGUGUGUGUCUGUGUGUGUGUCUCUGCAUUGAUAUGUGAUAAUUUGGACUGUAGUGAGUUUUUGCCGUGGGGGUUGUUUUGGGCUUCAGCAAGGCCCGUAGCAUGCGUACGUACGUAAUGCUGUGUCUGAUUGCCUUGCUGCUCGAUCAUUCGUUCAUACGUUCAUUCAUUCAGUCACAUCCGUGUGCCGCAUUUAUCGUCUUGCUGUCCAUUUGGCCACAAAGACAGACAGAAUGGGCCCACAGUGAUGACGGCUGCGUGUGUGUGUGUGGGUCGAUGGAAUGACGUCCCCCUGUGUGUGUUUACGCACGUGUUUAAAUUGCGUGCGCUGGUUCGCCUUCAUGUACGUGUGAUGUCUUGUGUCGUGUUGUGUUGUGUUGUGGGUGUGUUGUGUCUGUCUGUGUGACCCGGUCACUGGUGUGCUCCCAAACGCGAGCGACUGACUGACGGGUCGACAUGACGAGACAUCACUUGAUCAUGAUGGGGGCGGGUCAAAGGAUGGAUGGAUGGAUGGAUCAGCACACACAGAUUGGAACGGUAUCCUUCACACCGUCCUUUCAACAAGUGAAUUGAUCGGUGUUCAAUUCAAUCAGCGAUUGUGUCG